AUGGCGGCUCCGCCGACAGGUCGGCGGCCUGGGGGAGAAGGUGCGGCACCACAUCCGCGAGCUGCAGCGGCGCCACGACGUGCUCCAGUCGCACUUCGAGUUCAUGGACCGUGUCCCCUCGGUGUCGCCGGGCGUUCACAGAGCCGAAGUCCGUGGGCUCGUUCAGUUCAGGGACAUCGAGUUCUCAUAUCCCGCGCGGCCAGACACGGUGGUCCUCAGGGGCGUGUCGUUCAGCAUGGAGCAGGGGAAAAUGACCGCCCUCGUCGGCGCGUCGGGCAGCGGCAAGUCCACGGUCGCUGCGCUGCUGUUCCGGCACUACGACCCCUCUCG